AUGGUGUAUCAACUGUUAGGAGAGGCCCGGAACUUGUGGCAAGGAGAAUGCCACUUACUACAGCUUCAGAAUGCCGACAUUCCUUGGGAUAUAUUCCAGACGGCUUUUUACAAGAAAUGCUUUCCUAAAUCUGUAAGGGAAGCGAGGGAAUUGGAGCUUAUGCAGCUGAAGCAAGCCUUGUUGUCUAUGGCCGAAUACACUAGUAGGUUUGAGGAACUUUGUAAGUUCUCAAGGGUAUCUCAGGGUGCCCCAGAGACCUAUGAGAGUUCGAAGUGCAUUAAGUAUCAAGGAGGCUUGAGGGAUGCUAUUAUGACUGCUGUGGCUCCUUUGGAGAUUCGGAUCUUUUUCGAGCUUGUGAACAAGGAGAGGGUUAUGGAGGAGUGUCCGAAGAAAGUGGCAAUACAAAGAGAUACUUGUGGGGAAAACAACAACUGUAGGCAUAAAAAGUACUUUCAACCAAGAGCUCAAAACUUCAAGAGGGGUGUACAUGUACCUCAAGGUCAAGGCAACUUUAGGAGACCCACUUUUGAUCCGUAUCAUCCGGUGAGAGGAAGAGGUGAUUGCUUUAAUUGCGGAUCACCUGGUCACAUGGCGAGGGAUUGUACACGUGGGAGGAACCCGAAUGCGGGUAGGAAUCAACACCAAGGAAGAGUGUUCACUGUGAAUGCCAGUGAUGCAGCUAAGGCGGAUCCUUUUAUAAGAGGUAGGUGUAUAAUUGGUUAUAAAGCUUUAACUCCAUUGUGUGAUAUUGGAACACCGCGUUUAAUAAUAGCUUAUAAUGGAGAUGAGGAUUUGAUACUAAAGUGUCAAACAUAG